AUGCAGCUGAGGGCACUGUCCUCCCUUAAGCGCAACAACGGUGCCGUAAAGCUCUUUGCAUUACUGUUUUGCGCACUUGCCCUCUGCCUGUGCGGUGGCGGUGCCGUAGCGACGACGGUAAUCGACUACACCGUCACCGCCAUCUCUUCUGCCGACAUCGGUCGGCUACCACCUGAGCAUUGGGCUCACUACAAAUCCAUAUGCAGCUCCACCAGCCCAACACAGUCAUGGAACAGCAUCAGUGUGCUCUCGCACGUGUUUCCCGCCAUCUCACUCUCGAAGACGCGAACACCCUUCUACGCGUACGACCGCACGCCGUGGUACGUGACACACGCGGGGUUCCUCUCCCCAACCUCGUACGGCAUGUGCGACGGCUUCUGCACACGGGACUUCUUCGCCACUCUGCAAGGCAACUACGGCUUCUCCGACAACACCUCUAUUUUCUAUGACGGCGGGGGCGACUGGCCCAUGAUCAGCCUGUACAGCGCUCUGCUCGAUAACCGCGGCGACGCUGCCCGUCCGCUGGUGGUCACUCAGGAGUUCUUCGAAAGGGCAGACGGCCGUGUGAGUCGAAAAAAACACGAGCGGGAUUCCGGCAGCGCUUCUCCUCACACGCUGGUGGAGUACUGCGACGUCCCGCUGAAGGGCUCGCCCUCGUCUGCGACGGGUCUGACGGCGCAGGUGGCGGUGUACGCGAACGGCACGAUUGUGAUGCGGUACAAGCAACUUCCAGACCCGCUGCCGGACGACGUGCGGAGCACCGGACUGAUCUACUCCAAGACGCUGCGCAAGGUGGUGCCGACUCCGACGGCGGACAACGGGAUCGUUGCGUACCGGUUCGACCCGGUGUACGACGUAUGCGACGGUGCGACGACUGCGUCUGCGUGCGCGGGGAUGCGCCGGACGGCCGGUGAUGCGGGCGUGGACUGCGUGUGGUGCCCGUCGACGUCUGCGUGUGCGUCGCGCGCGUUUGUGUCGGAGGUGUGCCCGCGCGGGCAGUGGGCGAUGCGCGCCGACGAGGACGGUGCCGCUGCGCAGAAGUUCUACACCGUGUCCGUUGACUUUAACGGCGAUUUUGACGUGCGCCCAGACCCCAUGUCAUCGACGACGUAUCUCGGCGACUACGCGUACUUUUCUCUUCUUCCGUACGUGUAUACCAUUCUUUUCAGCCGCGACUUUGACAACUUCAGCUGCGGCCCCGGCUUUUUCUGUUCCGGCGGCAUCCCCGGCGAGGAGUGCAACCCGGUAGGCAACACCUGCCCGAACGGCAACUUCACGCGCUCGAUAUUGGCCCUUCAGUCCGCCCUGCGGUGGUCUGCCGACGCGUACGUCACUUUCCGCUACCUGGGAUCGCGUCGAAUGGGAUCGGAGUUGUGCCGCGAGUCCCUCUGUGACGUCGGCACGCUGUUUCUCCUCAACGGGUCGGUGCCCAUCAGCUCCUCUACUAGCGACUCCGUCUUUACCGUUCAGCUUUACUUUGACCGGGGAGGUGUGGUGGACAUCGUGAUCAAGAACACCAUGGUAGAGGACGGCGCACCGAUGCUGACCUUCCCUUCUAUGUUUGUUGGCCUGGUGCGGUACGGCGUGGACGACCCCGCCUCCGUGCUGGUGCCGCAGGGACUGCUGCGCAGCGGGGUGCACGCUCGAUUUGUGCCGCUGACGUCGUGCCCGGACUGCGGGCUGCACGGCACGUGCGAUGAGGACACGGGCAAAUGCGGGUGCAUGCCCGGCUACUACGGCGCUAGUUGCCGUGCGUGUCCUGUGUGCGAGGACGGCAGCCGGUGCGACGACGGUGUGGCGGGGAGCGGCGGGUGUGUGUGCGUGGGCGGCGCGUGCGGUGCGACGUACGGUGUGAGGUGUGGCGAGGGCGGCUGCGAGGGCUGCAGUGCGCUUGGUGGCCGCUGCGAGUGCGGCACGUGCGUGUGCGUGGAUGGGUGGACGGGUGCGAACUGCGAUGUGGCGCCGGUGGACGGGUGCCGCGCGUAUUCGUUCGACGGGUGUGCGGUGUGCGGGUCGCACGCGGACUGCGAGUUCUGCUUCGACUCGACAUGCUUCAACACGUCGCUGGUGGGGACGGCGAGCGGGUACACGUGCUCGUACAGCACGCCUGCGGUGGAUGCUCGUGCGUGCAGAACGUACGCCUCCGUGUUCGGUGCACUCUAUCGCGUGUCGGAUAGCGCGGAUGCGGUGGUGGUGGUGCUCUGCAUGAUGUUGGCAGUCAUGAUUGUUUUCGCCGGGGUGGUGUGGGCAUGCGAGGUGCGCACGCGCCGUGUGGUGGAUCUCACAACGGCGUAUGCGGUGGGCGGCACCACCGUCCCCGCUGCUCCUCAUAGAGAGCGGGAGGUGAUUCAAGUGAGCUUUGUGCGAAGGAACAUUCAUAAGAAACCCCUCACCGCGAUCCCGCUGAAACAGGUCUCACUGGCACGCUUGUUCAAACGCCGAAAGGAAGCUCUUGAGGAGCAGUGA